AGAUAAUAUUUAGAAGAUUUUAAAGAAUUAUUCAAUAAAAUAGAAUGGAUCAAAGAGAUAUGGAUGCAAAAAAAACAUAUCCUCCCCAGACAAUUGCAAAGAUUUUUUCAUUAGCUUUUACUGAUCCAACAACUAAAAUCUCUGCUUCAGCACUGACUUUAUGUUCAGAAUAUAUUCGUAUUUUUUGUAAAGAAGCGAUCUGGAGGGCUGCUGCAUCUAAACGUGAGCAAGAAAAUAAAGAUGAAAAUACACAAAUAUCAUUAGGAGCAGAAGAUUUAGAAAGAAUUGCAGGUCAAUUGACCUUGGACUUUUCAUAAUAUUAAUUUUU